UUAAUCACCGGGAAAAUGGAUGAUGCGACAUUCACGUCGUCACACAGUUUAGCCAUGAUUGUAUUUUAUCUUCUUCUGAUCCUGAGUGCAAUUUUGGGAGUAAUUUACUAUUACAUAGAAACUUCGAGAAUCAGUAAAAUGGGCCAACUGAUACCAGGACCACCGACUGUACCGUUCCUGGGCAAUGGACUAGUAGUGUUCAACGUGGAGCCCGCACAAUUAAUCGACAAGCUGCGGGAAUUCGUUUUCUACGGUAAAGUGGUCAGAGCAUUCCUAGGUCCGCUAUUGUACGUUUUCAUCAUAGACCCGAAAGAUGUCGAAAUCAUUCUAAGCAGUCACGUGCACAUCGACAAGUCCUUUGAAUACAGGUAUUUCAAGCCUUGGCUCGGGGAAGGCCUGCUCAUUAGCACCGGUGAAAAGUGGAGGUCUCAUCGGAAGAUUAUCGCACCGACUUUUCAUUUGAGUAUCCUCAGAACAUUUGUGCCGUUAUUCUACGAGAACAGCAAAGUUUUAGUAUCGAAGAUGCGGGAGGUAAUUGGCAAGGAAUUUGAUUGCCAUGAUUACCUGUCUGCUACUACCGUGGACAUUUUGUUGGAAACAGCAAUGGGUGUCAAAGACACCAAGACGGACGGGGCAGGCUUCGAAUACGCGAUGGCAGUUAUGAAAAUGUGCGAUAUAGUUCAUCGGCGUACGUACGCCUUGUUCACACGUUUUGACUUCUUCUUCAAUUUAACCAAGUCUGCCAAACUGCAAGAGAAAUUAUUAGGUAUUAUUCACGGUUUGACUAACAGUGUGAUAAAGGAAAAGAAAAAUCGACAUGUCGCGAUGGCGUCACAAGAUAAAAUGCAAAUCAAAUCAGUCAACAGUUGUCAAGAGAAUAAUGAGCCUAAAGAAGUUGUCGAAAAAAAUUCAAGCGAGGAGAAGGCGAGGUAUAAUUACGUCAGAGACGACCUGGACGAUAUUGAUGAGAAUGAUAUCGGGGAAAAGAAAAGGUUGGCAUUUUUGGACUUGAUGAUAGAACUCGCGCGCAAUGGGGUGAAUUUAACCGACGAGGAAAUAAAGGAAGAAGUCGACACAAUUAUGUUCGAGGGACACGACACAACGGCUGCUGGAUCGAGUUUUGUUUUGUGCUUGCUUGGAUAUUACCCGGACGUUCAGGAAAAAGUUUAUCAAGAAUUGGACGAAAUUUUUCAAGGAUCGGACAGGGAGACGACGUUCCGUGACACUUUAGAGAUGAAGUACCUUGAGAGAGUGAUUCUGGAAACGCUCAGGCUGUUUCCUCCGGUUCCAUUAAUUGCGCGAAAGCUCAAUGAAGACGUUAAGCUCGUAACCGGAGGCUACGUUAUACCUGAAGGAGCCACCGUCUUAAUACCGCCAUAUCAGGUCCACCGCCAAGAAGAGAUUUAUCCGAAUCCGGAAGAGUUUAAUCCGGACAAUUUUCUACCCGAGAAUAUGCAGCAAAGACACUACUACAGCUACAUUCCUUUCAGUGCAGGACCUAGAUCCUGUGUCGGGAGGAAAUACGCGAUGUUGAAGCUCAAGGUUCUGCUGUCAACUAUCCUCCGACACUAUAAAAUCCUGUCAAACGUACCGCCAAAGCAGUUUCGUCUUGUGGGUGAUAUAAUACUGAAGCGAUCGGAUGGAUUUAAGAUCAGGAUCGAACCUCGUGAUGCUCGUGUGAGGCCUGAAUCACAUUUCAACCAUUAAAUUGAUAACGAUUUUAGGCAAGUGAGCAGGGAAACAUGGCUGUCAGAUCUGAUUCCGGCCACUAUUAUUCUCGGCUAACCUGCAGCUUUAUUUUGCGCCUUAUGUUUUGUAGUACAUAUAAACAAAUGAUGUAUCUCCCAUUCUGAAUUUGGUUCCACUAUCGUAAAUAAAUGUUCUAUUUCU